UAAGAGAAAUCUUUUCAGCAGCGCCGUCUUCCAUCUCCUGUCUAUAUCUCUUUAUUAAAUUGAUGCUAAAAACUCAAAACCAGUCACUCUCUGUUUCGGAAUUUGGUUAUCGCAUAACUUAAUAACACAAUGCUCUCUUCAAUCUUCAGUCGACGCCUAAACUCCACUCAAAUUCUUCUCCGAUUAACCACCGAGUUUUUCUCAACAAAAUCCGCUUCACAUUUACACUCCCAAACUCCAAACUCCCAACUAAACCCCCAAAAUUUUGACACAAACACUGUACUUGAAACCCUCUCAUUAUACAGAAACGACUGGAAAAGCGCUUUUGACUUUUUCAACUGGGUCGAAACACAAUGCGAAUUUAAACACACUACAGAAACAUACAAUCAAAUGAUUGACAUAUUGGGUAAGUUCUUUGAAUUUGAUCUUUCAUGGGAUUUGAUUUAUAAAAUGAAGAAGACGCCAUUUUUAAUGCCAAAUCAUGUCACUUUUCGAAUAUUGUUUAAGCGAUAUUUAUCUGCCCAUCUUGUUAAUGAAGCUAUAAGUGUUUUUGAUAGAUUAGAGGAAUUCAAUUUGAAAGAUGAGAUAUCUUAUUGUCAUCUUGUUGAUGCUCUUUGUGAACAUAAGCAUGUUAUUGAGGCUCAAGAGUUCUGCUUUGGAAAGAAUAUGGAAGUGAAUACUGAAUUAUUUGUGAAGAAUAAAACUAAAAUUUAUAAUCUGAUUUUGCGUGGGUGGUUUAAAAUGGGGUGGUGGAGUAAGUGUAGGGAGUUUUGGGAGGAGAUGGAUAGGAAAGGAGUGUGUAAAGAUUUGCAUUCUUAUUCAAUAUAUAUGAAUAUAUUAUGCAAAAGUGGGAAGCCAUGGAAGGCGGAGAAAUUGUUUAAGGAAAUGAAGAAAAAGGGUAUAACUUUGGAUGUUGUGGCAUAUAAUACUGUUAUCCAUGCCGUUGGCUUGUCAAAGGGUGUGGAUUUUGCUAUACGUGUGUACCGUGAAAUGAUGGAAUUGGGUUGUUUUCCUAAUGUUGUGACUUGUAAUACUGUUAUAAAGCUUUUGUGCCUAAAUGGAAGGGUGAGGGAAGCAUAUAAAAUACUUGAUGAGAUGUGGAAGAAGAAUAUCAUGCCGGAUGUGAUUACUUAUCAUUGUUUUUUCGGUUAUCUUGAGAAGCCAACUGAGAUUCUGUGGCUGCUUGACAGGAUGAUUGAGAGUGGAGUCUGGCCAAGGAUGGACACUUAUGUGAUGCUUAUGAGGAAGUUUGGGAGAUGGGGAUUUCUUCGACCAGUUUUUGUAGUGUGGAAGAAAAUGGAAGAACAUGGGUGCACUCCAGAUGAAUUUGCAUACAAUGCAUUGAUUGAUGCUUUAAUUGACAAGGGAAUGUUGGACAUGGCUAGAAAGUAUUAUGAAGAGAUGCUGGCAAAAGGACUUUCAGCUAAACCAAGGGAAGAGCUAAGGACAAAGGUAGUAGGAGGAGGAUAAUGCUUGUAUUUAUAUUCAGAAUUGUUCUUGGUGGAAAGGCUGUUUGCUAUAGCAUAUAACAAGGCUCUUAAAAGGAUUGCCCUGCUUAAUCAUGAGUCAACGUUAAAGCAUGUUGUAGUUAGAACCAGAAACUGGUUUGAUUUUUCUGUUAUGCUUUUGAGUGUUGGAGAUGUUGUAGCAAUAUGGAAAUGUCCCACCUUGGCAAUUCCCUUACUGAUUUUGUUUAGUGUUUGAUCUUGGGACAUGUUCUAAAGUUCUGACUCGAUAUCUUUGCUUUCCUGUCAUAACAUUUGGCUUGCACUUAUUGUAGCCCCAUGAACGUAAGGCUAUAAAUUUUGUAUUUAGUUGGUAAAGGAUGCAGUGGUACCGGGUCUUGUAACAAGGUGAUAGGUCUGAGGUUUGCAGGAGAGGCAGUAGGACCCAGAGGAUUUAUGGUGUUUGCCGGUGCUCAGCUUCAUCUUAUUGGUGACAUGUAAUUCCUUUCUCAGGUUCUCUCUUGCCUUUUGACUAUUAUAAUUGAGGACCUAGUCAUUUGUAUGAGCGGAUUCAACUGGAUAUUCUUGUUUACUGAAUAGCAAAAACUUAGAACCUUCCAAACCUUAAUACUCAAGAUGGAAGAAAGGGGUCACACUCUACAUCAGAGACCAGUCAGACACACGGCAACGUAAUUAGAGAGGGCAUUAUUACGGAUCUCUUCUCUAUGUUCUGUUCUAGAGUUUACCACCAUAAGAAGACGUUUCUCUUUUUUAUUAGGCGUCAAAGUGUGUGGAGCAGAGCAGGAGUUGGAAAGGAAGAAAAGAGGGAGUUGAGCUCGACUGAAAGUAGUCCACAUAGUGUGUGUUUGAGUUCUUGAAAACCAAACAGGCCCUGCUAAGGAUAUGAUAAAGUACAAUUACAAUGUCGAACGUUAGUGAAGGAGGUAUAAAAGCGACUCAGAACAAGAGAAAGGAAGAGUGGGUAUGAUCAUCCUUGAUUCAGUUAGCGCAUACCUAUGGGCGAGAAAGCAGGGGCUAUCAACUACUUUGAUUAUGAACUAGCUACAGAGCAUCUAGUGUUAGGGAGUAGCUAAUUAGACAUAGCUUCUGGAAUGACGUGCAGUCUUGAAUGAUCCUGGCAAUCAACCCGGGAAUGGGACUAGUAUCGACCAACUACCAACAGCGGCUUACAAAGCUAUGUCGGGAGAAUGUUCGACCAUAUGAAGAGGAACUAAGUGGGUCUGGACACCCAGGUUGCUGAUGAUACUUAUAAUUCUCAACAAAAGUCCCCCAACAGUUCAUCUUUGGUAUGUUGGGUUUUGAUAUAUAUAUUUGUUUGACUUCUUUGAAUAAUUUGACUUGUUGAUCAAUUUUGUGAAAUUCAUUGUUUGUUUGCUUGCA